GGAAGUGGGGAGAAACCAAACAUGUGAACUGGAGACGACUGCUCAAAGCAAUGUGUAACGCUUCCUCAAUUGAAAAUGUGUAAAACGGCUCUUUAAACUCCAAUGAAGUCAAAGAGAGCAAAGGAGAAUUGCAAUCUGUUCAAACUAUAACGCCAUCCAAGAAUCUGCAGAAUAAAGUCUGCAGGACUGAUCUGCCAGUGUUUCAAUGGACGGUAUCAGACGAGGAAGAGGAAGAGGAAGGAGAGGAAAUCGUGGCGGACAGCAGGACAGGGAUGUCCAUCUCUCUAAAUCCAUGUCAUAUGUACUACGUCAUGGAGCCAAUCAGAUGGGUCUUCAAAUAAGUACAGAUGGCUUUCUGUACGUGGAAGAUCUCCUGGCUCACCCACAGUUCCACUCGUACAUAUUAGAAGACGUCAGGAGAGUCGUUGCCACAAAUGACAAGCAGCGCUUUAAGCUCCGCUCUCACCCAGAGGACGGACGGCUGCAGAUUCGAGCCAAUCAGGGUCAUUCAGUUGAGGUUAUGGAUCUUGAACUGAAACCCGUUGUAGCUGGUUCUCCAGAGUGCCCUGCAGAAGCAGUUCAUGGCUCCUACCUCCGUAACUGGACAUCCAUCCAACAGCAAGGCCUGUGCCGCAUGAAGAGGACUCACAUCCACCUGGCCCCUGGCAUGCCAGGGGAGGAUGGCGUCAUUAGCGGCAUGAGGAAAAACUGUGAUCUGGCAGUGUUUAUUGAUGUCCAGAAAGCCAUCGCUGAUGGUAUUGAGUUCUUCUGGUCAGAGAAUGGGGUGUUGCUGACUGCAGGUGAUGCUGAGGGUAAACUUCUACCUAAAUACUUCAUCCGAGCUCUCAGAUUGAGACCUACAAGGACGAUCCUGCCGCUGCAGUAGUAGCAACAGAAGAUCCUCUUUUGUCACUGGUCACAUCCUGGCUAAUUUAACUGUGCUCACAUCCCACGACUGGUUGAAGCUGAACUUAGUUUCCUGAGUAACACUAGUUUUGCGACACCAUCCUGGUCAUGCGAUUUGAUCAGUGAUAGAAGAAUCAGUUCAGAAAUGACUUAUUAUUUAUUAAUUUUAAAAUGGGACUGAAAGUCCGAAAUGUAAGUUUUUCUGUGAUUAUCUAGCAGUAUGAGCAGGAAAAGUAACAUUUGUUUUCAUAAAAUAAUUCAACCAUUACUACAUGAUGGCAUGUAGUAUGUUUUAUUUUUUUUAUUGCAUUGUCAAUGCUGAAUAAAUGCUGGUGGAUGUGAACUACUAAGGAAUUUUACCAGUCAGACCUUCAAAUGAAAAUAAAAAAAACACUUUUGUAGACAUGCUGUUUGCGUGGUUAGUAUGGGAGAGCAGAGGAUGUAGAUACUGUGGUUUAACGGACAGCGUUAACAGUUUCUUGCAAGAUAUGGAAACCCAAACCCACAUGGAUAGCAUGUGUGAGGGGAGAUAAUUUGUUGUAGGCUUCCUGAAAUAACAGAAAACACCAGCAGCCAUGAGAAAUAAGGAUAAGAAAUGACACAUGAAAUGUAUUUAUUAUGCCAGCUUUUUCUUUAUUUUUAAAUUUUUGUGAUAAACAUUACAUACUGGGAUUUAUUUUUGUUUCUCAUAAGUGAUUGUGCGUGCUUUAAAGUGGUUAAUAAAAGUGACAAUAUCUUUGCAGCUCUUGACAAAGCAAAGCUUUC